AUGGCGCUGCCGUUGCAGCCGCCCCUGCCCCUGCCCCUGUCCCUGUCCCUGCCCGCGGCCGCGGCGGCGCUGGUGGCCCUCGCCGCCCUCCUCCUCGUCCUGAUUUGUGCAAUUGCUCAUGUAACUGCCAAAAAAAUGCCAACCCUUCACCGACACGAAGAAGAGAAAUUCUUCGUAAACGCUGAAGGCAGGAAAGAACCUCUACCAAGUGUACAUGAUCCCCCUACAAGGGAACUCUCUGUUGUUGUGCCUUCAUACAAUGAGGAAGACCGGUUACCUCUUAUGAUGGAUGAAGCUUUGGAUUAUCUAGAAAAAAGACAGAAACGAGAUCCUUCAUUCACUUAUGAAGUGAUAGUGGUUAAUGAUGGUAGUAAAGAUCAAACUACAAAGGUAAGAAAAAUGAAGUGCCUUCCCAAGCAUCGGGGGUGUCGUUUUUUUUGCUACAUUUGUGGAAUAUAACAAUUUUUCGCAUUUAUAUUUUGGUACUUGAAUAGUUGACAAUUGAAGUUCAUAUUUCUGAGUACUUUCUGUCGUUCUGUAUGCAUCACGGAUGUCACAUAUGCAUAUGAAUACACAUAAUUCUUUUGCAAAUUCUGGUUUUCUUGAUUGAUGACUGUGACAGCCGUUUUCCUGCAACUGCGAUUCUCAGAAUUCUAAUCCUAACGUCAAGAAAUUUCUUAUGAAAUACUCUAUAUAUGCAUAGUGAUGAUGUGAAUAUGAACUUUAGAAAGCUAAAAAGUCUUUUAAAAUACUCAAUUCAUACUGUGAUUGAGAGAACAUCUGACAUAGUUCUUCCUCACACCCUUCAUGGCAUUGUUUAUUUAAAAAUCCCUGUGCCAGUAGUAGUAUUUUCAAAAUAGUUUUGUAUUCUUCUGGUUUGACUUUGAUGUACGUCACUGGAAAGGAAGGCUUGCUGACUUGAGGGCUUUUCUUACUAUUACUGCUUGGAAGAUGUUUGAGGUAGCUACUAAAAUGCGUACUGCUUUUUGAUUUACUUUCCUUAAGCUCGUCCGUUAAG